GCCGGGCUGCGCUCCUCACUCCGCUGCCGUCUCUCCCGCUCUAGCUGUGGCCGCACUUCCUCUGGGAGACACUUGGACGGGAAAAUGAACCUCUUCUGCUUCUCGCUGGAGGGGUCCAUGGACAGCCUGUAUGAAGCGGUGCAGAGCGGCGACGGCCCUCCCGCGCCGGUGCCCAGCCGCUGCUCCAGCCGCGCCUGCAGCCCCGCGCUCCUCCUGGAGGAGAACAGCAGGCGGCGAGAGUCAGGACGGUCCACAUCCAUGGAACUGUCAUCAAUGCAGCGGACAAAUUCAAAUAAGAAGAAUAAAAGAUCCAACGUACCAAAAUCGGCCUCCGACAACCAAACGCUGGAUAAUGCCGCCGCUUGGCAGCCGGCCAGGAGCCGAGAAGAUUUGCUGCACGUCACCAAUCACAACGAAGAGGGAACGAGGACGAGACACAGGACCGAGGGGAAAGCAGCAAAAGGAUCUCACCACUCUGGCGUGAAGAAGAAAGGCAAACAAUGCACCACUCAGAGUGGACCCAACAACAGCGUAGAGGCUAAACAUACAGCGAAAAGAGGGCAAAAACCAGGGAAGAAAGCAGCUGGAAAGAGCGGGAAAGAGACGGUGAAGAAGGGCCACAACCCCCCAGCCCGGUCCCCACAUCCGGCCCCGAGCCCACCAGCCGCCCCCCACUACCUGGAUGUGCCCUACAGGUCAGACAGGAGGCCCUACAGUGCCAAAUGCUCCACCCUUCCAGCUCAAGAGAACACGACGCCAGGUCGCAACCCCGCGACGGUCCACCUGCCGGGGGGAGCCACGCCCACCCACAGCCACCGCUGGAGCAACCCCGGCGACGGCAGCCCGCUGUGGGGCGGCGUGCAACACACCUGCCGGAGACCUCUGACGGAGUACCGCGUCUACUCUCACGACUUCAUCCAGAUCCACGAGGAGACGCAGCCGCAGCAGGCGGCAGCCCGAGACAACAGCUCCAAAGAGAAGGUGCCUCGCUCCGUCACCGACACCGACCUGACGGACGCCCACCGCUCAACAAGCUUUGGCAAGUUUGAGGGCACAAACAGACACCAUUCAUCACCGGCCAAGGUGGAGGGGAGUCCAACACAAACGGUCGCAGAAGCACCUGACAGUUUGGACCCCCACAAAUCUGCUGGACUGGGGAAGAAGAUGAAGGCUAUCUCGCUCACCAUGCGCCGAAAAAUGGGCAAAAAACACUCCAAGUCUUUGUCAGAGGAAACGAUGGGUGAUGAUGCGGAUGGAGACGCUGAAGCAGAGACGUCGGCUGAGAAAAGCUCGGCUAAAACCUCGCUGGAGAGCCUGCACAGCGGCCAGAGCUCCUCCAGUGGUGUCGCUAGUGAGCCCAAUGGCUGCGGACCCAAAGAGGAGGACGGGUCGUAUCAGGGGCCGUUCUGUGGCAGAGCUCGGGUUCACACGGACUUUGUUCCGAGCCCGUACGACACUGACUCACUCAAACUCAAGGUGGGCGACAUCAUCAGCAUCAUCAGCAAGCCUCCCAUGGGCAUCUGGACAGGCAAGCUCAACAACAAGGUGGGGAACUUCAAGUUCAUCUACGUGGACGUCCUGCUGGAGAAAGCGGAAGAAGACGCGCCAAAGAUCCGGCAGCAGAAGAUCUGCAAGAGGCCUCGACCCAAAACUCUGUUGGAGCUGCUGGAGCGACUGAAUCUGAAGGAGUACGCCUCCGCCUUGCUGCUGAACGGCUACCAGACGGUUGAAGACCUGGCACACCUGCAGGAGAAACACCUCAUCGAACUGAACGUCAAAGACCCCGAGCACCGGCGCCAACUCCUGGCUGCUGCUGGAUGUCACUACGCAGAAGGUGAGGACGUGCCAGGAGUGGAGGAGAGCAAGUCGGCCCCCGGCCUGCAGGAGGAAGACAGCGACUGCCCCCGAGACUCGGGCUGCUUCAUCCCCUCUGAAUGUUCGGACAGGCAGGAGGAUGCAGAGCCGCUGGCGGAAGCGCUGGACUCGUAAGGAUGAUGGGACGCAGGGGUCACCUCCUUUAAAAAUAGGUCACAGGCGUCUUGUUUAUACUGGCUUUUUUUUUUUUUACCAGCAGCAAAAUCACUCGCCAUAUUUGCAUUAAAAACAGCAGUAUAUUUAUUGCAGCAAUUGUUUCUCUUGUGCAGCCUUUAUUCAUCAGGUGUUGCUCAAAAACAUUCACACACACACGAUGUCAAGGCUCUCUUGCAUCUGCCCGAUAGGAAAACUGUACAAAGUGUAAAACCUUCUGCACUGUGAUGUCUUCUACACUGUACAUACGUAUUUGUGUAUGUAUUUUAAGAAAUGUUUGUCGGUAUAUUUGUGUCAUUUUGUAAAUAAAAAGUGGACAGGAAAUUGUUUUUUGUCU